UGUAAACAGAGCCGGGCCGGGAUGGUCAGCGGCCAGGCGGGCUGUCACCGGCGGCGGGCGGGGGGCUGCGGAAGCCGGACCCCGGCCGGGAGCGGACUGCAGGCCCCGGCGGUGAAGGGAAAGUAGUAGCCAGCGACCGGGACAUCUAGGAUUGGUGUGGCAUGGCUUCACAGAGAUCUCACUGAAGAAUAAUCUGAAAGGAACACUGUCUCCCCAUAUCUCCAUUACUGUCCAUUAGCAGCUAGCAAAUGUUUUUAAUGAGCCGGAAAACAUCAACCACCCUCGUGUGCUUGGCCUGCUCCGGGCAGCUGAAUGAAGGUUUCUUCCCGUGGUCUGCAUAGCUCUGUUGCCGAAACACCUCUCUUUGUUGGGCAAAUGUUCGUGAAGUCCUUUCCUAAACUGGUUUAGGAGGCGCAAGCCUCUGGGAGCCUGUGACAUGGAAGCUUUGGAAGUGGAUGAUAUCAGCCCAGCCUUAGAAGUCACUGAGGAUUUCUUUAGUACUUUGGACAGUAAGCUAGAAAAGGCUGUGCAGCAUGCAGAGGUUUAUGGGAUCCAGGAGGUCCCUGAACUGGUGGGGCGUGAGGUAUUCAGCAACCUAACAGACAAUGGUGCUAUGAGAAACGUUCCCUCCCUGGGCAAGGGGGGCAUGAUCUGGGACCACUGUCAGAGCAGGCUUUUAGAAACCAAAGCUCAAAAUGUCUUCCCUGCCAAAGAACAGUUUGUGGUCCAGAGAGGGACAACCCCAGAUAACCUUUCCUGGAUGGAACAAAAAGAAGCAUCGACCUUUAAUUUUUUCAAUAUCUGUCAGCGUCGGAGGGACAGACCUAGAUCUGUAAAUGACCUAUUGGACGAGACCUCUACCUUCAAGCCAGGGCAUGCUCGAUCAAGAUCAGAUGUUACCCACGCGGACUGGAGGGUAGUCCUCAACACCAUGCCUUUGCGGCCGCCGCAGCAGCAGCAGCAACCGUCUCUUCAAGGGCCUCACUUCCCCAGGCCGUCUUUUCUGUUGCCCUCACCAAAUAAGGUGGAAGAUGCUCAAGGAAAUACUGAACACAAACAGACAUUCCCAAAUAUUCUCAAGAAGGGUUACCUGGAGAUUAGGAAGGACCAUGACAGUUAUUGGCAAAGCUGUUAUGCAGAACUUUCACCCUACAACUUAUGCUUCUACAGCCUCGACGGCAGCGGGAAUCAAAACCUCUAUGCCACGUACCAGCUUUCGCACUUCCAGAGCAUAUCUGUUUUGGGCAACCUCGAGGCCAGGAUGGUGGAUACUGUUCUGUAUGACAACACCCAGCUGCAGCUUAAGGCAGAGUCACCGUGGGAGGCUUUGGACUGGGGGCAGAAGCUUUGGGAGGUCGUACAUGCCACUGUGCCUGGGUACGUGAGACGGCACGAUGACAUGGCAAACUCCCCUGGCCUUGGUCAUCAUGUGGACUGUGCACAGAAUCAUUGUUUACAGAAGAAAUCCAGUGGGCUGUUGCCACCAUCCCUAGUCCUGGAUAGCCCCAAACAGUACCAAAAUAUCCUCAAAUCAGGGACUCUCUACAGGCUGACUGUCCAAAACAACUGGAAGGCGUUCUCAUUUGUGCUGAGCAGGGCCUACCUGAUGGCCUUCCAGCCUGGCAAGCUGGAUGAGGAUCCGCUGUUGAGCUACAAUGUGGACGUGUGUCUGGCUGUCCAGAUGGACAACCUGGAUGGCUGUGACUCUUGCUUUCAAGUCAUUUUCCCCCAAGAUGUCCUUCGUCUGCGAGCUGAGACCCGGCAGAGGGCUCAGGAGUGGAUGGAGGCUCUGAAAACAGCUGCCAAUGCGGCGAGGAGUUCAGAGCAAAACCUGCAAGUCACACUGAGGAACAAACCCAAGGAGCAGAUGGGUGGGCAGGAACUCAGGAAGAGCAAACGCCAGUCCGUGACCACCAGCUUCCUGAGCAUUCUGACGACUUUGUCUUUGGAACGAGGACUCACUGCUCAGAGUUUCAAAUGUGCAGGAUGCCAGCGAUCCAUAGGUCUUUCCAGCGGGAAAGCCAAGGUGUGCAAUUACAGUGGGUGGUAUUACUGCAGCAGCUGCCAUGUGGAUGACAGUUUUCUCAUCCCGGCCCGCAUUGUCCACAACUGGGAUACUUCAAAAUAUAAGGUGUCUAAGCAGGCCAAAGAGUUUCUGGAGUACGUGUACGAGGAGCCCCUGAUCGACAUCCAGCAGGAGAACCCCAUGCUGUACCAGCACGCCGAGCCCCUGGCUGCCGUGGUGCGGCUGCGGCAGCGGCUGAAAUCGCUCCGAGCCUAUUUAUUCAGCUGCCGGGCCGCGGUGGCCGAGGAUCUGCGCCGCAGAAUUUUCCCCAGAGAAUACCUCCUUCAGCAGAUCCACCUGUAUUCCCUCGCCGACCUACAGCAGGUGAUAGAGGGAAAGCUGGCUCCAUUCUUGGGCAAGGUCAUUAAAUUUGCCACCGCACACGUGUACAGCUGCAGUCUUUGUAGCCAGAAGGGGUUCAUCUGCGAAAUCUGUAACAAUGGAGAGAUCCUCUACCCUUUCGAGGACAUUUCAACAAGCAGGUGUGAAAGCUGUGGCGCCGUUUUCCAUUCUGAAUGCAAAGAAAAGUCUGUCCCCUGCCCGAGGUGUGUCCGCCGAGAGUUGCAGAAGAAGCAGAAGUCUUUCUGGCAGAGGCUGAACAUGGACGAGAGUCUGGAGGAGGCUUGCACUAUGUUUGAGCUGUCUUACCAGAACACCUGAGUCAGGGCAGCACCGGAGACCAGGGAUGCACCAAUCAGCAAUCCGUCAGCCCGGGGAUGGCUUCCUAACUAGCCAGUUAGACCCAUUUGGAAGAAGAGUAUGUCUCAUCUUCAGCUAGAUAUAGAUAUAUAUUUAUUUAUAUGUAUACACACAUACCUAUACGUCCUGUGCGUAUGUUCUGUACAAAUCGUUGUCUAAAAGGUCCACAGAGCCUCUGCGGCUUGAAAACUACCAAUAGCUGAAUUACACUUAGCCAUGAAUUUCAGCUGCUUGCUCCCAGGCGAAACGUGGUGUAUACACCGUGCUUUAUAGUUCAGACUCUUUUUUGAUCUCUUGGGGCAUUUUAUUACACAAGACAUAAGAGGAAGCAUUUCCUGCAGAGUAACAGCUUCAGGUUAUUUUUGUGUUAUUUAUUGUUAGCCUUUACAGAGGCUGAGGCAACAGAGGCAGGCACCUGUCAUCAUCUGUUUCAUAAGAAAAAUCUUCAAAACACAGGAAUGACUCUGGAUCCUUCCAGGACCCGGUGUCCCUGGCUCUCCUGCCUCGGUUCCUCCAGCGGAGGUGGGGAUCAUUAAGGGGGGGGCGUGCAGGCUCCCCCUGAUGGAAAGCGUUCAUCUGUAAUUUACAAGGAGAGCUGCUCUGGUUUUGAAGUUAAUCUCAUAAAGUUUAUUCCUGAGAAAAGAAGAAACCUCUGACCAAUAACCGCAUGUGGUCAGUUUGUUUGCUGGUUCAAAUCCCAACGCCCAUCUGAUGAUGUGACACCCUUCCAUUAUUUGCCAGGUUGCAAUCACAGCUCUCUUAAGAACAGUUUUCUAAGGGUAUCAUGGGUGGUAUUUAUGAUAUUUUUCAUGGUGCUGGCUGGAGGAAAUGUCCUGUAACUGUUAUUAAAGACACCGAUGUGUAGACUGGUAGACAGGGUACAGAUACAUGGUACUUAGGCUGCGGAUCCAAGAGCCGGUCUUCAGUUUCUUUUCAGAGAAUCCUCUGUACACAAUUUCUACCUAUUCUUUUUAAAUGUUUUAUUUCUCAUUGUUCUUCGCGGCACUUUCAUUUUGAACUUUACUUUGUCAGGUUAACCACUCUUGCUUUUACAUUUUUUAAUUAUUUUUAAAAGUCAGAGUAACGUGGAAAUUUAAAAUACCAACUGUAGACUAUUAAGAAAA